GUGCGGGAACUAAGGACAACUAUACUUUAGGAUUAGGCUACAGGCCUAUGGUUAUGCAUUUAUAAAUUUAAUUGAGACUGUCGUCAAGUUGCCUAGUUAUACAAUUUUAUUAUACAAGGAAAAAAACCUGCAAUAUGUGUUAAACUCUGUUAAUGAUUAAUUGACAAAUGAGGCCACCUCAAGUCAAAGUCGCGUAGGGAUGAGGUAGCCAGAUGAGGCGAAUGCACUUAAGACAUAACGGUCUGUAAAGUCACUCCCUCUCGUUUUGUUCUCCCGGUGAAAGUAGAGUGGCCCUUUCAAAUACAUCAUCCGUUGUCGUGUGGGACGAGUGGACUUGGAAGCAGAUCAAUGUGCAUGGACAUUUUAAACUCACAGAAAGUAAUGGGUGACUGGGUGACUGCCUCUAUGUUGCUUUGUUUCUAAAGCACUGAAAACCGGGUAUCGUACGGUCUUUAAAGUAAGUAUUGUUAGUCCAGGCGUGGCGGACUACUUUACCCACGUUUGGACUUACUUACAAUGUCAUGUUUGAAUAAGUAUUCACUGUUUGUGCUGAAUUAUGUUGGGCUAAACUUGACUCCAUGUAGGCGUAAGAUAAAUUGCUUUCCCCAUACUUAAUGUUGUGGCAACAAAGAAAAGUCAAUUUACUAAAUGUUGGCUGCAAACAAUUAUUUGUCUUGUAAAAAAAAAAAGGUUUUGUGACUCAUCUGGCUUUCAGGAUCAGCAUGGUUAAGAUUUGGGACUACGGCCUGUUUCAAAUUUGAACCAUGCACAUAGGAAAGGGACAAAUACUUUGGUGAUCUUUCAGGAUAAUACCCCCCUCUCGUGGAGCAAGAGUUUUAUUUUAGAGGAGGCCUAUAGUAGAGUCCUCAAGUACUUUCUUUUUCGAAGAUAUUGUUUCAACCUAUCAAAAACAAAUGCCAAAAAAACACAAAAAAAGAGUUCAUGCAAACGAUGUCCUGAAUUCUGUCUAAUAAUUUUAAUUAACUUACCUUUAAAAUAUAACCACAGCAUACCGUAAAGUAAACCAUGAAAAAUGCAAACACCCAGAAGCACCUUAAGUACUUCUGAUCUUGCCAUAAAAUCUAAAACGGUGUUCACAAAAUGGAAGGCUACACUUUUUGUUAUUGCUUUCAUAACAACCUCCUCUUCAUUCUUGGAAGACCCUUUACAUUUUUACAACUGUCAUGUGUUCCUGUCUGUCUGGUAGGCAUACUGGUGUUCCAGCCUGGGCCCCAGCCAUGUCCCAGGGGCCUCCCUCCCGGCUCAUACAGACCCUCAGGAAAUCCCCUGCAGUAUUGCGGCGCAAGCUUCGUAAGGGCCGCAUCCAGGACCUGUCCCAGGGUGAUCCCCUGUUUAAAGUUCACUACUUGGGCACAGCGAAAAUCUACUCCCUGGAUUUGGACCAGGCCCAAGGGGCUUUAAGUCAGCUACUCCUACAGGCUCCAGAGAAACUAACCAAGGACCACGCUCUGGUGGUACGCCAGCGCUACGUGGAGGUGAAAGAGAUCAGCACAGGCAGGCAGCUGGCCAAAACCCAACUCAGAGAUAUUGCUUACUGUGCUGCAAACCGGGAACGUCCAAACGUGUUUGUGUAUAUAUGCAGGCAGCAAACCCAGCAGCUGCAGUGUAGAGUGUUCUGGUGCAACAAGGCUGAGAGAGCUAAAGACAUCACUGCCUGUCUGGCUCUCUCCUUCCAAAGAGCACUGAAUGACUGGCAAGCCAGGGAGACCAACCACAUGCAGGGGGAGGGAUCAGAGAAUGGCCUAUCAGUGGUCCCGGAUCUCCAGCUGAACACGUCCAAGCCGGCAGCAGACCUUAAUAAAGGUGAAUCUGUGAGGACCCUUCAUGGAGGGCUGGUCGCCGGAAGAAGAGGGACAUAAUCUCUCGGGCAGUGAGGAGAAAGACCAGCCGUGCUGAUCACUCACAGUCAUCAACAACAGUCUGACACACACCACAGGGCCUGCAAUGCUUAGCAACCUGCCCAUUGGUGGACGCUACGGUAACUAGCGGCCCAUUUGUGCAUGCUGCGGUAACCAGCUGACCACAGGCACACAUUGAGGCUAUGAUGGCAACAUGGACGACUCCAAACAGAUGACAAUCACUCGUGGAGCAAUGAACAGGAGCCCUGAUCAGAAAACAGCUUUUUUUCCACGAUCAACCAACUGCCAUAGAAUGCAAUAUCUGUAAGAACUUACUUUGUUUUAGUCAUCCUUGAAAUGUUUUAUACGGGCCAAAGUUAUAAAACAUUUCACAAGCUGGUCUUGUGAUGGUGUGUGUGUAAGUGUUCAAAACCACAUGCUGACAUCAGAUUCAGCUUCUCCAUUUUUAGCUUUUCUAAACAGAAAAAAACACAUCAAGAUCUCACACGAAAUGUAAUUUACUUGUCUGCCGUUUUCAUAAUCUUGUUUCACCACAAGAUAACACUCAGCACAUCCUCAGAUAGAUAGGCAAGUCAUCUACUUAGUUAUUUUGUUUUAUAUCAGCUCAAAUUAUAUACUAUUAAGCAAUACACAGACCAAUAACUUGCUAUUCUGAAACUUGCUAUUCUGGAAUGUCAUUUUACAUUUGUAAAAUGACAUUCCAUGAUUGAAGUUAUGUACAGUAAAUUGAUGUUUAACAGUGAUUAAAGCACACUACUGUUCUGUAUGUCAGCUUCCGUAUCAGUACUUACUCCCACCACAUCCUGCAUUUAAGCAGCAUUUCUUUACAUACAGCAGUCAGGGAA